AGCUAUUUGGGCUUAAGCUGAACUCCAUGGCGAUGAACGGCCGGGAAGCCUUGGAGCUUGCCUCUUGGUGGGGAGCAGCAGGCGAUGAGGCGCUAUGCCGAGAACAUUUCCAUUCCAAUGAACCUCCAAUGUGCUCAAGGGCUGAGAUUGUACCGUCUUUAAUCGAUAUCCGAUGUGUGCACGGUGGGGACGCUACAAAUUGUUGGAGGGCGCUAGCCUUGUCUGCAGAUGGGCGUGUGGCUUCCAGUGACGGGGGUGGCCAGAUUGUAAUUCAUGACAGCGAAAACGAACCAUUGUACCGUUUGGAGCCAACACGCCAGGGUGCCUGUGUGUGCGCUCUCGCUUUUGCAGUCGGUGGGGUGAUGGAUAACUGCUUGGUCUCCGGUGGGGAUGAUGGCUCAGUUGUCGUAUAUGAUGUUCACGGAGAGGAACUGUGCCGCCGCGUUGAGGUUCAUGGAGUUGAUGAGAACAGCAGCGCAUGGCCUGUUCUCGCAAUUGUAUUUUUGGGAGAUGGCCGAAUUGCUUCUGCAUCUUACCUGCAUGAGUCCGAAGAGGUAGCUCUCUUCAAAAUAAUUGGAUCGGAGCUCCACCUUCUCAAGCGGAUAACUGCGGGAUCAAGGCAGCGGAAAGCUUUGGAUGUGCUUUUCAAUGUCUUACCCGAUCUUCCGCAACUUGCUCUUGCUGACGAUGGCCGCUUGGCUUACUGCGGAGACAAGACUCAAAGCGGACUCAGAUUCUUCAACAUUGCAGGUGAAGAAUACAAGCAUCAUGCGGACGUUCGAAGUAAAGCAUUGGCUUUUGAGCCGAAUGGAUGCUUGGUUUCAGUCUGUAGAGAGACUGUGACCAUCUAUGGAGUUACCGGCGUCCAGCUUCGGUGCAUGAAACAACGAGGGCAUAAUCAUGAUGGACCCGCGUUCUUACACCCUCUCGUACACGAGCUGCAGGACAUGAAGGAAUGCAUGAAGGUUGCCUUCUUGGACGAAUUAGCGGAGCAGUACAAGUUCUCGCCUGAUGGCAGCCUUGCUGUGGGCAUGCGAAAUGGAUUGCUUUUCAUCUACGGCGCUCGUCGUCUGAGCCUUUUCAACCCUAGUCAGUCAGCUAGAUCGAAAGCCAGCUGGUCUGGGGAGGAAGAUCCGCUUAAUUUAUUUGAAACCAGUACCCCACUGCUUUAUUGGAAACCAGAUCUAGGUGGCCGAAUGUCUGUUGUUUUCACGUCUGAUGGCAGACUUGCGUUCGUUAAUUGGGAUGGUUCACUCGCUCUUUGCGACAUUGUCAGCACUAAGUGGCAUAGUAUCAAGUUGCCCAAUGACGAAAAGGUGAGGGCGGUAGCGUUUGCGCCUGAUGGUAGCUUGUUUGCAAAGGGGUCUGACCUGGAGUCUACAAUAUCCAACUACCGCUACAACAGUGAUGACACUGAGCAGCCCUGCAAUAGAUUCACACCGGUCAGCGACCCGCCGCGGGACCCAAACAAGAACACAUCCGUAGAACUUCUUGCGGUCAUGUCGGAUGGCCGUCACAUGGUUUCUUGCGGCUCUGAUGGGUAUCUUGCAAUCUUUACCCUGGACGGCACAUUAGCAAAACAAGUAUCUCUUGCUCCUCGUGGUGAAACUCAAUCGAGGCUCCCUGGGCUAUUGGAUCCCGACGAUGAGGACCCACUGCUGUUGAUGCAUGUGGACCCACUACUGUGGACACUCCAGUCGGUUGCGCUGGCGCCAGACGAUCGCUUUGCUGUCGGCGGUGUUGACGGCUCACUUGCCCUUUAUGCAAAAGUUGGCGAUCAGGAAGAGUUGUGGUGCACCAAACCACACGGCGAUCGCCAGGUGACGGCUCUCGCUUUUCCAGCGAAUCCCGGUGACCAUCACCAGCUCGCCUCUGGUGCAACCGAUGGUUCGAUCGUAAUCUGCAGCACUGAUGAUGGUCACGUUGGAGGAUCCUACAACAAUCAUGGCGGUAAAACCAUAACAACAUUGGCAUUCGCGUCUAAUGGUUGCCUUGCUUCUGGUGGUCUGGACGACAGCAUUGUGCUUUGGUCCAGGGAAAUUCGUGGGUAUCACAUUCAGCAGGUAGCUGUGUACCCUCUGACAAGCGCUGCUGUUUGCAUUGCCUUUUCACCAAAGGAGCCUCUAUUGGCUGCAGGUAGCGCUGACGGUUGUCUGGCUGUGUUUCCCACGAUGGAGUACCCCUUGCCACAACUUUGGCGGUCGAUCACUGACCUAGUGGAGAACACAGCCGGAGACAAGCAACGUGAGAGAGACUUGUUCUUGGGGCAGCACCCAUUUUUAUUGUCGCAGGCCAUACCGGUCCUUGAGUACACGUUACUGCACUGGUUCGUCCGCGAGAACAAGGUGGAUGCCUUCAAGUUCCUCAGCGGUCUCUGCAUCGAGAAGAAAAUCUGGGGUGGCCUCGAAGAGACAGUCGAUGGGAACUUGCUCGACCUGGCAGUGAAGACUGAGAGUCUCUGCAUGAUCCAAGCCGUGCUUGAGUAUCUCCAACAGACACCAGUCAGGCUCACUGCAAUGCAACAUUGGACCGACUCGUUGGGUAGGCUCGUCAAGCGCUUCACCACCAAUGUUUUUAAUUCUGGCUUUGUGGAGUUCCUUGACUCACGGUUGACACAGCCAGGACUUUUUACGAGUGCAAAUGGUGCCGAGCAGCUACCGACACAGUCUGAUGGUUUUCAAUCACUGCGCGUUGUUGGUUCAUUUCAGCCUGCGCUGAGCCGGGCAUCUUACAUGGAAUCCAUUGCGCCCGAAGGCCUUACUCUUAUUGCCCUUCGUGCUUUGUGGCUUCCCAAGUUUCAGCCAGUCUGGGAGGAGCUAACGCGGCUUUCGUCACCACCAGAAAGCUUCAUCGACUCGACGAUAAAUAUGGCAUGUGUCGAGCAUGUGUGGCAGACCUAUGGGAAGAUGGCCAAUAUACGCAGCGCUGUCUUCUUUGCAGUCGACGCCAUCCUGUUCGUGAUUCUUGCAUUCCUUACAGCCGAGAGUGCCGCCGCUCACGAUGAUGCAGCAAUCCCUGAGCUAUCGGCACCAUGGAAUGGAAUUGCCCGGUGGUUUGGUGGAGCCUCGCUCGGUCUCCAGGCAUCUAUGCCUCUGUUCAGUUUGUGUUCCACAGGAAUCGGCCAGAGUUGCUGCGGAUGCCAGGUGGCAAACGGUAUCAUGAAGAGUUGCCGCAACCGCUGCAUGCGAUGCUGGCGCCCUUCUUUCUUCCAGUGGCUUGGGUGGCGCCGCGCUGCCGACAAGAAGGAGAUACCUUUUGCUUUGCUACGGGUUUCUGGCGCUACUGGUGUUUUGUUCGGAUGGUGGCAGCCGUUGUGGCUUGUUCCCAUCAAUGGGCUGCGGGCUACUCAAUGGGAGGUACGGGCCUUGGGCCGGCAGGGGUGGGUGCGCUACAAACUGGACCGCUGGAACGCAGUUGAUUGGGCCUUUAUAGUUAUGUGCACUGUUGUGCCAGCAGCCGUGCUGCUUGCUAUCAUCGACUCACAAGAUUCAAUUCCUUUCAUGGCUGUCACCAUGCUGCUGUUGUCGAUCCGGCUCGUCUCCUUCCUGCGCGCCUACCGCUCCUACGGCCACCUUGUCCAGAUGAUUC